GGUGGCGACCAAACGCGCCCCUCGCGAUACGACGCAGGCGCGCGCCGCACAACCGACGCUCAGUUGGAUCGAUAAGAUAAACGCGCAACCCCGGUCUACGAGUUAAAUCAAUAUAAAUUCUAUCGAUUUUUGCAGCCGCAGCCGCCGCACACCAGAUUUGAGGGUCGCAAGCGGUGGGUGCGCGCAUUGCGUAGUUUCAUAUUAUAUUUGAAAGUUAAAUUUUUUACUGUGUGAUUAUUGUGAAAAGACAAUAAUGUGUGAGCAACAUUUUAGAAGUUCCGAGGACUUUAUCGAUUGUCGGUGUUUUACGAUGGUGUGAAAUGUAGAAAAUACUAAAGAAAAAUGACGUCUACGGACACAUACCAAUUAAAAUGGCACUCGCACAGUUCGCAUCUGAACGGUUCCGUGGCGGCGUUGCUUCGCUCGGAGCGGUUCACGGAUGUGGUGCUGUGCACGCUGGACGGGUCUCAGAUACCGGCGCACAAGUUCAUCCUGAGCUCGUGCAGUGUGUAUUUGUGCAACCUGUUCGAGGGCCAGCGCUCGGUGACGCGAAUGGGCGGCAUGCUUUAUGUCGUGCUGCCUUCCGAGAUAUCCACGAAAGCGCUGAAGAUCCUCGUAGAGUAUAUGUAUAAAGGAGAAACAACAGUUUCCAACGAAGUGUUAGACACAGUCUUGAAAGCUGGUGAAGUCCUCAAAAUCCGAGGACUUUGGAGACAGACGGAAGAUGGCGCCGGCGAUACCACAGCGGAAAAAACCGCUACACAAACCCACAUAACUACUAGUAUUAACAAGCCAGCUUUGGCAAAGAAACCUGAUGAGAUACCAAUACAACCUAAGAUAGCUGUUAAGAAAGAUGAUAAGUUGUUGAAAGCCUUCAAUCCUGGACAACCUGGUGCUAGGCCCAUGUUUAUUGGACCACCAAAGCUAGUCUUCAUCAAAACCACUGAAGGAGGCACGCAGGCAGCAAUUCGCCCAGGUGCUCCAAAAGGCCAAACAAUUUUAGUAGCACCAGCACCGACAGCGGAACCAACAGUGGCUGCAGUUGCUACCCCCACACCAGCCCCUUCUACGGUAACCGUAGCAACAACUACUGUUAGUGAGGAUUCUUCCGAUGAACCAUUAACGCCCAGAAUCUUGAGGCGACAUGCAGCGGAAAGGAAGUAUGGAAAGAGGCAAAAGACUGAAACCAAAUCGGAUAAUGAGGAUACUAAGGAUUCCGAAGAAGGACAUGAUAAUGUUUCUGAAGCUUCGAAAAAAUCAUCCCAAAGUAUAAUGGAAAAUGAGGUGCAAAUAAAAGAUGAACCGGAGUGGGAUGCCAGCAGUAUCGAAGAGGAGGAGCGUUCCAUUGCUGAAAUGUUCCAAGCUGAGAUGAGUGUUAAGGAUGAGCCCAGUGAAGACCUUGAUAUUGAGGAUGAGAGCUUGAUGUACAGUCCGCUGGCGUGCGAGCUGUGCGCGGAGGUGUUCCGGGUGCCGGGCGCCUGGGUGCGCCACGUGCAGGCGCACGCGCGCGCCGGCGCCGCGCCCGCGCGCAAGCGCAAGCUGCGCUCCGCUAGUGAUGACACAGAAGAGACCAUGGCUUUACUACGUUGCGACCUUUGCCAGAAGCAUUUCCCGAACCCCGCGGAAUGGGUGCGACACAUACAGAGCACGCACACUGAAUCAGAAUUGGCCAUAUCAAACAACAGUGCCCCACCCAAACGUCACAAUCGUUUCACAGAGGGCGCGCAAAACAAGAGUUGCUCGCAAUGCAAGAAGACAUUCCCGUCACACGCAUCCAUGCUCAUACAUAUGCGUACUCAUACAGGCGAACGUCCAUUCGUGUGCGGCCUCUGCAAUAAAGGCUUUAACGUGAAAUCGAACCUUCUCCGUCAUUUGCGAACGCUACACGACCAGCUGAUCAGCCCGGCGCAGGUAGAGGAAGGAGACGAGGAGGAAGUGGUGCCUGGGCCCUCGGAGGUCAAGCGCGAGUCCUGAGGACGUGGAGGGGGGGCAGGUAGAGGGCGCGGACGUCGAGCCUACGUGAAUGCGAUGGGCGACACGAACCGCCGCGCCGCCGACAAGAAGAGGCAGGCCGACACGCCGUCGCCGUCCAACGUGCCGCGCAAGCAGAGCUACUCGCUCUUCCUCAAGCAGCGGGCCGUACUCUUCUCUGCCAAGAAGUGGAAACAGUGAAACUUGGGCCGGCGACUAGCUACUUCUAUUUCGUUGUGAUUGCUUUUGAAAAUUUUACUCCAUUGAUAGUCUUUUGUAGGAAGCAAUGAUGAAGUCCAAAUCACGGUAGGUUGCACUUUUUGAUUAUAAUGAUACCAGAACCUACGGGACCUAACCAUAAACAGGGCGGCUAGUACACGUCUGGUUAUGGUUUGGUUAUCUUUACAGUGAAGUGGUGCAACUAAUGAAUUACUUAUUAAGGGCUAGUAAUAAAAGCUCCGACAAAAAAAUAAGAAUUGCCCUUACUCAAAAUACUAAAGCUA